CACUUUUUUUCUUUGUUCUAUUUUGUUCUCUCAUUUUCUUCCCCCUUCUAUUACAUCUAAUUCUUUGCAGCAUUAUAUAUAGAGAGACAUCAAUUUUUGGUGAUCAUCAUCAUUAUUCCAAUUGAUCCAAGAUAACGAAAGCAUGGAGUUCUUUAAAAAGGCCAAUGUUAUUCGGCUAAAGAGCUACCAUGACAAAUUUAUGUUAGCAGAUGAUGAUGAAGAAACUGUUUACCAAGAUCGCAAUGGCACCUACAAGAAUGCUUUAUGGACCGUGGAGAUUGCCGAAACUGGUGACGCCAUAAGGUUGAAGAGUUGUUAUGGGAAAUACUUGACAGCAUCAAACGUGCCAUUCCUUUUGAAGAGCACUGCCAAGAAAGUGUUUCAAACAUUACCAAACAGGUUGGAUUCCUCUAUAGAGUGGGAACCCAUUAGAGAGGGGGUUCAGGUAAGGCUCCGGACGCGUUACGGCCGGUUUCUACGGGGCAACGGAGGGUUGCCGCCGUGGAGAAACACCAUUACUCAUGAUGUUCCACAUAGAACCGCAACCGCGAAUUGGGUUCUAUGGGAUGUGGAGAUAGUUGAGCUUCAAAUGCAAGGCCAUGAAAACCCUAGAUUUAAACCUAGUAGACUUUCCCCUAUGACUACUCCAAAUUAUUCUCCAAACCUAACGCCAACGGAGAUUAGUUCCGCCACUACUUCUCCAGGGAGUGACCAUAAUAGCAAAAUUGAGAUUUGGUCUCCAAAAGUAGAGCUUAAUAAUAAUUAUGAUAGUGUUCUAUCUCCGAAAGAGGGAAGGACUAUAUAUUAUGGUAUUGGCAAUGAAAAGGGUGAAGUGAGGGAGGGAAGUAAAGAGGAAUCUUUCAUCUUCUAUGGAAAAAGUGUGGAGGAAUUGAAGGAGCAUAUGAAGCAGCAAACAGGGCUUGAUGAUAUUCUUGUGUGUUGUCGUAAUCCAUUGAAUUCUAAACUCUAUCCCCUUCGUUUGCAUCUACCUCCCAUCAAAAAUGCCAUGCAUGUUGUGGUGGUUCCUUCCACAUUCCAAGUUGGAUGUUCCAAGGUUUUGUUUCUGUGCAUAUUUGUUGAAUCAAAACUACAAGUCAAAGGCAACAAUUAUCAAGCAUGGGUUCAAACUACACAGAAGCAUACCAAAACUUCAAUGUUGCUGAAGGACUCAACAAUUUCGGGUGUAAUAAUACAAUUAAAUUGAUUUUAUUUUUUUUAAAUGUAAUACUUAAUAAACUAGCUAGGAAUUCUUUGUCACUAUUGUAACUAAUUAUUGUUACAAUUUAUAAGCGUUAAGAAAAUAUCUAGUUUAUUAAGAAUA